GUGACCGCGUCGACAUGUACCGUUCCGUCGUUGGGUGAACGAAUCUCGGUGUGAACUUGUUUUUCACUACCAUCCCAAAAGGAUUGGAAAGUGGUUGUUAAAAAAAAAAAAAAAAAAAAAAUAGAAAAAAUAAGGAAAACGUGAUUGGCAGGAAACGGAAUCGGCCACUGAUUUCCGGUGGUGGCGUUGUUUUUCUACGGUAAUCUACGACGGUGUCACCCGAUGGCAAUGUUUUGUCUACUGCUGGCAGUGGCCGCAUUCGUGCUAACCGGUGGUCCUUCACUAUGCCGCUGUGACCGACCGCACCUGUCCCCCGGCCGUGCUUUCUAUCGUUCCGAUCCGCUCGCAGGCAACGGUUUCGAGGAAAGUGUUUGGAACAGUAUCGGCCAUGAAGCCGAAUCGGUUGUUGCUCAUGGCGAAGGAGCGAAGGUAAUUCCGGUUACAAAGUUAACGCUCCCCUCCACCGUACCCUGGCAGCGCGCCGUCAUGAGCGCGAGGGAGCUUAUAGUUCUGGAGUCGCUACUCAAUCGCUACCGGAAGUACAUGGUGGACGAAUUUUCGCGCUACGAUGACGCGUGUUCGGUGCUGUACGACGAUGACGAGGCGGUCGCGGUUGAUUCGUACAACGAUAGCGUGGAAAUAUCCUUGGGGCAAGCGGUCGCAGGACGUCUGGACGACACUAGCGGUUCCGGAGGAGAAAAAACUUCUAAUACAUUAAGGAAAGAUGACUCAAUGAAGCUUUCCCAUCCAUUGAAAGACUAUUGCUCCAGAAGUGCGCGGCAGUUUUAUCACUGCCUAAUAGAGGAUGUUAGCGAUCAGCAGCUUUUAGGUAUCAUACAUGAAUAUUUGCAAACGAUCUGCACCCGAGAUCCGAGGGCCAGCAGCAAUGUGCUGCAGAAAAGGGACACUCCUCGAUACGUGUCGAAGCAAAAAUUCCAUUCCUGGGGUGGAAAGCGAAGCAACGACCCGGCAUUCUAUCCGUGGGGCGGCAAGCGAACCGCAGUUCGUCCGCACAAGCAACCGAAGGUGGUCAUACGCAAUCCAUUUCAUUCGUGGGGUGGCAAACGCAGUGAUGUCGGGGCCGCCUCGGAUGUCUCGGCAUAAGCAGGGAACACCAGAAUAAGCGCCGCACAGCCAAGCAAAAGGAUGGAUGAACCACCAGCAGCCAUUAAACAGCCAUGAGAAGCUUUCCCCUCCGGUCAUUGCAUGUUUUAUGGUAGUAAUUGUAAAGAGAUAUUAUCGUCCGAGGUGCAGCUAAUAAAAACACACUCGCAAAUCACACAGAGCAGCAAGGAUAUUUCAAUAAACUUAGCAUUUCG